UUUUUCAACCGAAAAACUUUUACGUGGCAAAUUACAAACUUUUCAAAACGAUUUAAAGGAUAACGUUGCAAUAAAAGAAUAUUUUGUUCCUACUGGGACAAAGAAUUCAAAAAGAGCAAGCAUUUCAUUGAAAGUCUUAGUAUCUCAUUUUUCUACAUUUCAACCACAGGAUGAUUUGAAGCUAGAUAAUAAACAACAAAUUUAUUUACUUACAACAAUUCAAAAGUUUAUUAUUUCACUUUUGAAAGGUUAUACUAUUCAGGACUUUUUUGAUGCUAUUUUAAAGAAUGAAGAAGUUGAUUUAAGAGUAAGAUAUUCGAAUUGGAAAGAUUUUAUAAGUUUGAUAUGUUCUAUACCUGAAAGAUCCGCGAAUUUGAUGGCUUUGGAUAAGAGCUCAGGAUACACGGAAGAAAAUAAUUUUCUCAAUGAAGCGUAUCCCGUUAGAUAUUCAAAAUAUUUAAACAAAAUAAUUUAUUUUAUCUUUAAUGUUACGAAUAAUAAUCUGAUAGAAAUUUAUUUGAUAAGUUUACGACUGAUAGUGAACUUCUUAUUUAUAAUAAAAGUGGAAAAAGUGAUUUGGAAGAAGAUGAGACUAAGUUAUUAGUAUUUGCAUGCAGUGAAUUAUUUUCCAAAAUAUGCAGAAUUGGACACUCAA